AGCUAUGCACAACGCUUCAACGCCAAGUCAAGUUAAGUAGUUCUAAAGGGGAUUCCUCUCGGGAAAAAAAAAAACGAAAUAUGCUUUUUUGUACGGGCAUUGCAUUACUGCUGCAGCUGUUGGCAAUAUGCAGUGGCGAAGAUAGUCACACUGUCGAAACAACAUUGGGCGCCAUUAAGGGUGUACGCAUGCAAACUCGUUUGGGUUCUCCGUUUUGGGCCUUUCGUGGAAUACGUUAUGCCGAAGCACCAGUGGGAGAGUUGCGUUUUCAAAAUCCACAACCUGUGAAACCAUGGAAACCCAAUGUAUUCGAUGCCACCAAAGAUGGGCCCAUGUGUCCACAGGUUACCGUAAAUCGAACAUGGCUGUCGGAAGAUUGUCUACGCCUAAAUGUCUAUACCAAGGAUACAAAUAAGUCGAACGGCCUUAAACCAGUUAUUUUUUAUCUACAUCCCGGAGGAUUUUAUGUCGUUUCAGCCAUUAGUGCCUAUGCAGGACCACAGAAUUUCAUGGAUCGUGAUAUAGUCUUGGUAACAGUGAAUUAUCGCCUGGCUUCAUUGGGUUUCAUGGCCACAGGUACGGCUGAUGCCCCUGGUAAUAUGGGUCUUAAAGAUCAGGUGGUGGCCUUGCGUUGGGUACAACAACAUAUUGAGAAUUUUGGUGGUGACCCGAAAUCUGUAACAGUUUGGGGUUAUAGUGCCGGCAGUUUAAGUAUUGGUCUACAUUUAAUGUCACCCAUGGCUAAGGGUCUGUUUCAUCGUGCCAUCAUGCAAAGUGCCUCGCCGUUGGGACAAUUUCGUUACCGAAAUCAUCAAUUGGAAUUGGCCGAGAAACAAGCCAGACUGCUGAAGUGUCCUGUGCAUCCCAUUAAGGAUAUGGUGAAGUGUUUGAAAACGAAACCAAUGCUCGACUUUGUGGACACCCUGCAGGCAAUGUUUGAAUACGAAUGGAAUCCUGUACUAAAUUGGGUGCCAGUGGUGGAGAAGGACUUUGGCCAGGAACGUUUCAUUGUUGAAGACCCCUAUAAAACCAUGAAGGAGGGCAAUAUCCAAAAAGUCCCACUCAUAACGGGUAUAACGGAAUAUGAAUUCUACUAUUUGGCCUUCUUUACUUUGCGCAAUGCGACUCAGCGCCAACGUUUCAAUCAGGACUUUGCCAAAUAUAAUCCAAUUUACUUUUUAUAUGAACGCGAUACGCCACGAUCUCGCAACAUCAGCCAGGCGAUGCGUUCAUUUUAUUUUGAAAAUAAGACUUUGGAAUAUCCCCAGUCGUUGACACGUUUUGGUGAGCUAUACAGCGAUGGUUUGAUAUGCUUUGAAUAUCAUCGCUUUUUGCAUAUGGUCUCCAAGCACAUACCGGUCUACACCUAUCACUUUACGUACAAGGGACGUUAUAGCCAUUUCAUGAAUCCGGAUACUAAUCAGACUUUGGGUGCCAUGCAUCAUGAUGAGCUCUUGUAUCUGUUCAAUGUCCCCUUGAUGACACCAAUGUUUGGUAAAACCGAUCCGGAAAAUGAUACAGUUGAACGUUUAACUCGAAUAUUUUAUGAAUUCGCCAAGAAGAGCGAUCCGAACAACAGCACCGAUGAAUAUCUUAAGAAUGUGAGGUGGCCCCUCUAUGAUCAGACAAAGAAACAAUAUCUGGAAAUUGGCAAGAAUUUGCAGGUUAAGUCAAAUGGUAUUUUUCCACAGCGUAUGGAACUAUGGGAUCGCCUGUUCCCUGUGGAGGAUAUGAUAAAUACGAAAUUGUAAAUCGCCUUUUUAACUAAAAAGUAAUUCAAUAAUAAAUCGAUGAUUCCUAGAAAAAAUGAUAUCCAGGAAUCGAAUGACUACAAAUCUA